AGUAUUGGAAUACGAACCAAGGACAGGUAUUUGAAAAGUACAAUAAUGUCUGUUAUUCCAAUGUGCUAUGAAACCCAGUAUUUUGGGUUCACGCCACAGACCUGCAUUCUACGACUGUACAUUUCAUUUCAAGACUACUUAUUUGACAUGUUGCUGGUUGUGGAAAGUGUCAUCCUGAAAAAACUAGAGAAAUUUCCAAACUCUGGGAUAAAUAGCUUUGAGAUCCGGGAAAGCACGGAAAAAUAUCUGUCCCUCCUCACUGAACGCUUCAAUUACCUGUUUCAGAAACUGGAAAACUGUCUUUUAAAACUGGUACUUAAUAUUCCCAGGAAUAUUCUGCUGUGUGAAGAUGAGAUACAUGCAAACUACGCCUACAGUAAAGAACAGUUUGAUGUUCUCCAGAAUGAAGUCCAGACAUUACACAGGCAGUACAAAGGAGAAAAGUGUGUUACCCAGGCACUUUUAGCUGAACUGGAGGAACAGAAAGCUGUGCAGGCAGAAUUGGAAAAGAUACUGUCUUGGUUUGAUGGACUGGACAAAAUUUGCAGGGAACAUGGGAUCAUAGAUCUGAUGGAGAGCUUUGCAUUCAUGACUCAAACAUCAAAGAAACUACAAGUCUCUGUGAAAGAAAUAGAUUUAAAGCAUAACAAACUUGCAUUGGAUAUGACUUCCAGGACUCCAGUACAACUGAGAGCACAAAGAUCUAGCCAAGGAAAACUUAAAUUAUACUGA